AUGGAGACCCCCCAAAUAUCAUCCAACCUCUCCGCAUCCCCAACAGCAUUACCCAAUUGCUGUCUAGCUUUGUCCACCCCCCUUCUCAACCACCUAGCUUCCAUCCUGCCCAAAACUCCAGACUUCACCCUCUCAAUCGGCAGCGGCUCUGGCCUCCUAGAAACCCUAAUCACCCUUUGUUAUCCCGAUGUAUCAGUUGAGGGCGUCGAGGUCAACUCCUCCGUGAAUCUUUAUAUCGCAGAAGAGAACAUGAACAUCGUUAGUGGGACAUGGGAUUUGCUGUCUCGUGCUUCGCAGGCAAAGGCGUGGAUGUUUGUCUACCCUCGCGAACCAAAAUUGAUAAACAAGUACAUUGAGACCUACGGUGAUUCAUCUGGAAACGUUGAAGUGAUUCUGUGGCUGGGUCCGCGGGCGGAUUGGGCUGAUUAUGAGAGCUGUUUCCGAGAUUCAACCUUUUUUGAGUUGGAACUCCCGGAGGAUGUUGGGAUGGCGCCGUAUGAAAUGCUGGUAGCUGCUCGGAGGGGGUCUGGCCCAUGA